AUGCAAGGUUGGAAGGCAAAGCUUUUGUCACAAGCUGGGAAGGUGGUCACAAUCAAGGUAGUCAUCCAAUCCAUUCUUGCUUACUCAAUGAGUGUCUUUAAAGUGCCGGCUCAGGAAGUUAUAGAGAAGUGUGCUAUUUGGCGAGUGGGAAGUGGACAUGCAAUUGAGGAUCCUGGCAAAUUAGAAGAAUUGUUUUAUCCUUGGGAAGCUGAGUUGGUGAGUCGGAUUCAGGUGGGUGAGGGCUGUACCGAGGACUUUCUGGUCUGGCCUUUGACAGCGGAUGGUGCUUACAGUGUCUGGACUCCCAGUUCAUCCACAGGGACAGAGCUUCAGAGUGUAUGGAAGAAAAUCUGGAAAAUUCAAGUUCCGAGUAAGGUUAGACAUUUCUUUUGGUGUGCUUCAAUAGAUUCGCUUUUGACGAAGCAAAAUUUGCGAGCUCGACACGUUCCUAUCGAUGAAACCUGUGAUCAGUGUGAUGAGCAUCAACAGACGUUGCUGCACUGUCUUUGGCUGUGUGAUCAAGCUCAGUUUGUGUGGAAGUCUGACCCGGCCUUUGUACCCCUCUACCAGAAACUGUAUAGGACUUUUGUUGAUUUGUUUGAGGAGGUGUUGCAUCAAUGCUCUCAGUUUCGGGUGGCUUUGUUCUCUACCAUAGUGUGGAGGUUAUGGCAGCGACAGAAUUGGCUUAGAGAGAAGCAACCUUCAUGUAGGCUACAUGAGCUGGGCAAUCGGGCAAAGGAUUAUGUUAUGGAGCAUCUCGAUGCAAAUGCUCAGCAAUCUCGGGUAGUUCCUCGACGUACUCCAACUCGCUGGUCUCCUCCGUCUCAGCAGAAUUACAGGGGUAAUUUUGAUGCGGGUUUCUUUGAUGCUUUGGGUUAUGCUGGAAUUGGAGUAGUGUUCUGUGAUCAUAUGGGUCAAAUUAUUGCUGGAAGUGAUCAUAUGGGUCAAAUUAUUGCUGCUCUGAGUCAACGUAUUCCCUUUGUUUGGUCAUAUCACUGA